AUGGGUCCCCUCCCAAUUUUCAAGCGACGGUUCUGCGGUCCCAGUAUCGUCAUUGUCGCCGCCUUUCUCUUCCUCCUUUCCAUCGCCACACUGCUGUCUCGACCAGCCUAUCUCGAGCGCCUGCCGGACGUGUUGCCCGCUCUCGAGGAGCAAUUGCCCAGCUUCCGUGACAGGAACAAGUCCGGAAGCCAGACCAACAAGUCGGGUAAGAAAGGAGGUGCCGCCUCUGUGUCACAAAAGAACAAAGGAUGGAAAUUCAACCCGGUGCGCGACGCCAACAGCUACUCCCUCGAUUCCGAGCAGUGUAACAUGGCCUUCCCGGGCCUGUUUGCAGAGAUCGAGCGAGGAGUCGAUGCCCAGAAAGCGAGAGGAAACAUUACACCUAAACAACUCAACAUAACCGAGCGCGGUAGGGGAGCCCUGCGGGGAAUGAUUGUCGACCAGCAGCUCUACAUCCUCCAGGAGACAAUCCUGGAAAACGAGUACGACACCACGCGGGCAGUUGCCAUCUUGCACGCCAUCCACAGAGCCAUAAUAACGUCCCCUGAGCCCUUACCCAACACCGAGUUCGCCUUCUCAGUGGCCGACGUCGUGCCGGAUCCAGAGGAAAACAACUACCCCAUUUGGGGCUUGACACGCAAGGCCGAAGACGAGGAGAUAUGGCUCAUGGGAGAUUUUGGUUACUGGAGCUGGCCAUUGGACCUUGUUGGGGGUUACGACGAGGUGCGGCGAAAGAUUGCCGAGGCCGAGGUCAAGUUUGAACAAAAGACCAAGAAGGCCGUCUGGAGAGGAGCUGUGGCCACCAACGGCCACCGCGAGGAGCUGAUCAAGGUGACCAAGGAUAAGGAAUGGGCCGACGUGCGAGCGAUUGUGUGGGCAGGCAUAAGUGACCUGAUUUCAGAGGACCAGGCCAAGGCCUUGUCAAUGUCGGAGCAUUGUAAAUACCAGUUUGUCAUCCAUACGGAAGGACAUAGCUACUCGGGCAGGGGCAAGUAUCUCCAGAACUGCAACUCGGUCGUCAUAAUGCACAAGCGGAUGUGGAUCGAGCCGCACCACGCACUGCUGGUGGCUGAUGGCCCCAAGCAGAACUUUGUCGAGGUGGCCGAGGACUUUUCCGACCUGGAAGCCAAGGUCACGGAGCUCCUCGCCCAUCCGGAGAGAGCCAAGAAGAUUGCCCAAAACGGCGCCGACACAUUCAGGGACCGAUACUUGACCCCGGCAUCGCAGGUGUGCUACUGGCGCGAGCUGCUCCGGGGUUGGGCGUCUGUCAGUUUCGAGCCUCAGCUCUGGAAUGUGGAUAAGGACGGCGCCAGAACAACGAUGCGGGGUGUGCCGUUUGAGACCUUUGUUCCAUCAUGGUGCAGCCCGCGCCCGCGAAGUGUAAAUGGCUAG